UCGCAGUAUCGCUCCGACCGCCCGCAGGCACGGACGCGCGUUCGGCAAAUAACUUACUCAAAAACAUAUUUUUUGUCUUUGAUUGUUUUGAAAAAUAUACUGUGAGCCGUAGCGGUCCGUGCGAGUUCAGGUCACCGAUUCUCAAAGAGCGAUGUCGUCGUGCCGAGUAGCGGCGUGCGUGGCGGCGCUGGCGGCCGUGAGCUGCGCGCUGCCGCACACCGUGCUGGCUCUCGACCUCAACAGGCUGUACGGGCACAACACCAAGCGCUCCGAGUACUGUCACCCGUACGAGCCGUUCAAAUGUCCAGUGGAUGGGAACUGCAUCUCCAUCCAGUACCUGUGCGACGGCGCACCGGACUGCAUCGAUGGAUACGACGAGGAUUCCAAGCUCUGCACUGCUGCUAAGAGACCACCUGUGGAGGAAACGGCAUCCUUCCUUCAAUCGUUGCUGGCUUCGCAUGGGCCCAACUACCUUGAGAAGCUGUUUGGUAGCAAGGCAAGAGAUGCUCUCGAACCGCUUGGUGGCGUUGAAAAAGUCGCCAUUGCUCUCUCUGAAUCUCAAACGAUUGAAGACUUCGGAGCCGCACUUCACCUGAUGCGCUCGGACCUGGAACACCUGCGCUCGGUAUUCAUGGCGGUGGAGAACGGCGACCUCGGCAUGCUCAAGUCUCUCGGCAUCAAGGACUCGGAGCUUGGCGACGUCAAGUUCUUCCUCGAGAAGCUGGUCAACACUGGAUUCCUGGACUGAAUAGGACCGGAGUCUGCCUCUGAUUACUAUCACGUCGUCCAAUUUGCCCCGAUAAGCUCAUCCUUCUACAGUUACCUUCCUUACGACUCCAUUAAAUAUAGGAGAAAGUAAAUCGUACCUUUUCACCUUUAUCCUGUGAGAUUGUUGGAAUGUUUGGAAAUCUGAAAUUUUUACCUUCGAGAAAUGAUUUUGGAUAUCAGAAUCGACUUCUACAACCGGCCACGUAGAGUUUUCUGACUUCAAAAGUCAUUUCUUUUUCGUCACACACUCGGCUUACAGUGAAAAUUAGAUAGAGAAAGAGGGUAUUACUUUUCGAAUAGGAUAGGUAUAUUUUUGUAAACAUGCGCUUCGUUAGGUUAUAAACCAAGAUAACUUUUUAGGUUAAAUUUUAUAGAGGUUAUCAGGGCCCAACACUCGCGUCUUUCAAUCAUUAAGUGUGGAAUGAGAAGAGGCUAAGACUGUGACGUUAGUGUUAACUAGUCAAGGUUAAGCUAAUUAUCGCAUCUCACUUCAUGAUGACCCUGAUAACUAUCACUGUAUGUUUGUGGUUUGAAUGUCGCCCCAAAACGUAUCCUUCUACCUUGGACUUAUAUCAGAGGCGACUCCAUUGAAACGUCAAGCGUCCAUUCUAAGCGAGAUAUAAAGCUAAAAGUCGGUUGAUAUGAAAAUGUCCUUAGAUUAAUAAAAAAUGUAAGAAUCGUUGAAAGAAUGCAUACGCUUUAUAUCUGGCUUUUGGAAAAAUCCAGAAUAGGACCACGGAAACAUAUCUUUAUGUAACUAGAAGUAGGUAAAAAAUACAUAUCAUAGAUUAUAAUCUGUAGCGAAUAAAGUACAAUUAUUUUAAUAUGAUCGGUAUUGUAGUGUACAUUUUAUAGACCCUAUUAGAAUGUACUUUUUGUCAUUGAAAAUAUAUAACUAUAUUACAAAAUAAAAGCAUAGUUUAAACGGUGCUGCACUUGAAUCCAGACACAUAUCAAAAUUAAUGUGAUUAUUAAAUGUUAGAUUUAUUGUAUGUUACUUAUUCUAGACUAAGACGUAGAAAUGAAUUAACAUCGUAGAUAAACAAUUCGAACCCAUUAGAUUCCAAUUCUAUCGUCACUCAUUUUUAACAUCUUAAAUCUAUAUUUGUGUAGUAUAUCGGAACUUUUGUCAAAUGCGGGCUAAUAAGACAACGAAUUAUUGAUAAUGUCUCAUUCAAAUGAGGAGAGUUAGGUACAUGAUGUAAUAUUGGGAGAUUAACGGCUAACGACCAUAUUGUUUCCAUUUCGAAUUCACCGCGAAUGAAAGUCAUGCUAAUGACGUUUGACAUCUACAAAAUGUUGCCAAAGGAAAAAUGCACGGCCUGUAUUUGCCAGAAGUUUACACAAUAGACCCUCUAGAAUUUUCAAUCGCCAAAUCUUAGUAUCGAUCACAAUGUUUCAGUGUGUACCUCUCAGUAGCAAUUAUAUUCUCUCUCCGUUAGAUCUAAAAUUAUCUAUAUUACCUAUUUUAACUACACGUAGUUAGUGUAAGUAAAUUUUUAAUGCAUAUCAAUGGUUUUAGAAAUUAAUAUAGGUUAUUAAUUUUAACUUGCGUCGGAUUUCUACUUAUAAUCAACAAAAUGGCGAUCUUUAAGCUCUGUUAGUGGAUAUUAUGUGUUUUGAACUAAGUAUAAAUGGCUUAUUGUUCUUAAAUAACAACCCAAUAAAUGAAUCAUCUUGAA